ACUACGCGCACAGCCAGAGACGGACUCCAUUCUGGAGAAGUCCAGAACAGCAGUUUACUCCAGGUCGACCUGCCUCCUUCAUGACCUGAAAAGUUACUCUGAGCGGCUCAAACAGGACUCGUUUCAGAGCAACCGUGGAGCCAACCGAAGAGAGGGAGCCUGGAAGGGUUUGUGUUCAGGAACAGGUGGACGCAGAGCGGUAUAACCCAGACGAAUAUAUCGACUUAAAAGGGGAAUAAGCUACACAGCACCAGCUCCAUUGCAGUAGCGAUGUAUGGACGUGUGUACUCCAGGAUACUUCAGAGAGCUUCUAACUUCAGGCUGGCCGUUUAUCCCACAGUCCCAUUCCAGGCAGUCCACAAUUGUCCCUUUUCAUCCUGGAAUCUGUUUGGAUUAGACCAAAGGUUCUGCGCUGGUGAGGAAUCUGGAAUCUGGACUCGAAGUUGCUGUCGUUUCUCAACACACCAGGAUAUAGACUUCCAGCAGAGCCAAGUGCAGAUCAAUAGCAUUCUGAGAAGUAACGAACAGACUGUGAAUGUGCCAGAGUUUGAUGGGAGGGCACUCAGCGCUGUGAAAAGGUUUGACAGCAACCAGUUACCUGCAAACAUUCCUAAUGAGGACCGCCGUAGUGCUGCCACCUGCUUACAGUCAAAGGGCAUGCUGUUUGGAGUGUUUGAUGGCCACGGGGGCUGGGCAUGUGCCCAGGCUGUUGGCGAGCGGCUGCUGUACUAUGUGGCAGUAGCAAUGAUGCCAAAGCAAACCCUGGAAGUGCUUGAGAAGUGCAUGGAGCAUGGCAGACCUGUUCCACCCAUCUUACAAUGGUAUAAAAAUCAUGCAGAUUUUAACUAUCGUGAAUCCGCCUCCCUGUAUAUAAACCACCUUAGAGUCUUCUGGCAAGAGUUACUGGACAACGAGGAGUAUGAUGAAGGCAUGAGUCCUCAGGAGGCUCUGGAUUGGGCUUUUAGACGCCUUGAUGCUGAUAUCUCUUUGGAGGCUCAAGUCCCAUUUUCCAAUGACCUUAUGAAAAGUACAGCCAUCCAGGUUGCAUUUGCUGGGUGCACCGCCUGUGUGGCUCAUGUCGGCACCGAUGGAAUCCACGUGGCAAAUGCAGGAGACUGCCGCGCAGUUUUAGGGGUGCAAAACAAUGACGGUUCAUGGAGCGCUGUGCCUCUUUCCAAAGACCACAACUCACAGAACCACACUGAGCUGGAACGUAUUAGGGCUCAGCACCCACCGUCAGAGAGAGACACUGUGGUCACAGAUGACAGGCUGCUGGGGGUUCUCAUGCCCCUCCGUGCCUUUGGUGAUGUGAGAUUCAAAUGGAACCUCGAGCUGCAGCAAAGCAUUUUAGCCAGACUUGAAUCUGGAGUGGAUCUUGACGCUCUAAACUUGUAUCAGUAUACUCCGCCUAACUAUUUAACUCCGCCGUACCUGGAAGUGACGCCAGAGAUAACGUACCACAAGUUGAGACCCCAGGAUCGCUUCCUGAUCCUCGCCACUGACGGGUUGUGGGACGAAUUUGCAAGUGAGGAGGCAGUGCGACUUGUUGGAGAGCACCUGAGCGGAAUUCACUUACAGGCACCAGUUUCUCCCUCGGAGCGGAAGCUGAAGCUGGGUCAGAUGCAUGAACUCUUGCUGAAGCGGCAAGCUCGCGCUUCUCCAGCACUGGACACCAACACCGCCACUCAUCUCAUCAGGCAUGCUCUUGGAAGCGGGGAGUAUGGGGAGCUGUCCCAGGAGAGGCUGGCCUCAAUGCUCGCAUUGCCAGAGGACCUGGCCAGAAUGUACAGGGACGAUAUCACCGUUACUGUAGUGUAUUUGAACUACGACCUGGCUAGACCCCACCACAGUUAGCAGACAGAAGAGAAUACCUCCACAGAGCUACGCUUGGUUACAUCAAGUCAGUGUUUUACCAUGGUCGGUGUUCUGGCCAAAAAGCACCUGUUACGUUAACAGUUUAACAGAUAAAGUGAAAAGAUCAUUUUCAAUUUUAUGUUAUGUACAGAUCUAAUAAUUUUUUACAUGAAUCACUGUUAAUUACUUUUAAUUUAGAACGAAUAUUUAAAAUUUCAGACAUAAAAUCACCAUCUUUUUGGAGAAAUGUCAGUAACGGAAAUAUAGUUUAUACAGCGGUAUAAAUGCACUUUUACCAGUAUUUCUUUUGUCUCUUGCACAGACAAUCCAUCUUUGUCUUUUUUUUCCUGUUUGCUUUAUAUUUAUGUAAGCUGUUUACCUUCAAAUUUCUAUUAAGUUUAUCCUGUUGAUUUAAUCAACUUUUGAUGGUUUUUAAUUGUCAGUGCCCUAAUGGGAACAUUUUUUAAUAUUUUAAAAAUAAACAAAUACCCAAAA